AAGUCUUCAUGUAAGCUUGGGGGUGCAGAUGAGCUGCAGUAUAUUAAUAGGAUGCUGUAUGUGCUCAGAUCUCUUUCACUCUCAGAGGCUUUGCGCGGACACACCGUCCACGGGCCUUUAACCAGCUCUCUGUACAUGUGCUAAUACUGUCAUCAGCGCCAUAUCCGAAACCAUGGAGGUAAUGGACGCCUUAAAUCUGGGCGAAUUUGCCCAAUAUUUCUCGAAAAUUCCCAUGUUUCCUCUGUUUGAUCUGGCCUAUUACAUCGUGUCCAUACUCUACCUCAAGUAUGAGCCGGGCUCAGUGGAGGUGUCCCGCAGAAGCCCUGUGGCCUCCUGGCUCUGUGCAAUGCUCUACUGCUUUGGGAGCUACAUCCUAGCAGACAUCAUGCUCGGACACAGCCCCAUCGACUAUUUCCAUAAUAACAGCCACAUCCUCCUGGCCUCAGCUGUAUGGUAUCUCAUCUUCUACUGCCCGCUUAAUUUGUUCUACAAAUGUGUCGCAUUCCUGCCCAUUAAGCUCGUGCUAGUAGGUAUGAAGGAAGUAGUCCGUACUCACAAAAUCGCUGCAGGAGUCCACCACGCUCAUCAUGCCUAUCACCAUGGCUAUUUCAUCAUGAUCAUCACUGGUUAUGUCAAGGGAUCUGGAGUAGCUCUCAUGUCAAAUUUUGAGCAACUGUUGCGUGGAGUGUGGAGGCCAGAGACCAAUGAAAUUCUCAACAUGUCAUUCCCAACUAAAGCCAGUCUGUAUGGAGCCAUUCUGUUUACACUGCAGGAGGUGCACUGGCUUCCUGUGUCUAAGAGCACCCUUAUCUGUAUCUUCACUCUUUUCAUGGCUACUUCUAAGGUGGUUAUGACCGCUCGCCACUCUCAUGGAUCUCCCUUCACUCUCGUCGAGUCAUGGGUGUCCCACCUGCUCUUCGGAUCUCCUCUUGCUGUUGAAGAUGCUCAUAAUCACCACCACACUGCCCCGGCUGCAGCCUCUGCCCCUGCCUCUCCAGCCAAAAGCAAGGAAGAAUUAAGUGAAGGCACUCGCAAGAGAAAAGCCAAGAAAGCAGAGUAGACAAAAAGUAGACAAAAAAACCCCCAAAUAAACAAAAACAACAACUAGUGUCUGCCUUUGGGCCAUUUUUUGAUACCUGGGUUUAUAGUCCUUAUUGGAAAGAUUGUAAUUUGAAGGAGGUAAUUUGAUGUUCACUGAUUAAAGUUUGUUUUUUAAUGGUGCUUUUAAAUGACAGAUACUAUGUAGGGGCUCUGUAAAUAGUUCACCAAUAAUUCCCAUCCUUUCUGUUAAUAUAUAGUGUAUAUCUCUAUUUAUUAUGUACAUUGUAGGCCGCCAGUGGAGCUCCAUUCUCCUGCCAGUGGUGAACUAUCUUAUAGACAUAGGAUUAUUAAACCCAGUGAAACGUGAAACUGUCCCUUCCCAUUUACAUCAACACAUGGCUUCUGAAUGAAGCAGAGUGCACACUGUACAUGGAUGCUCUUUAUAUCAUAUUGCAUUUGACAGUACAACAUUUUCAGAAGUAAAUAUAUUUUCCAAUCAUAUCUGUUUCUGUGUUAUUACAUGCUAUUGAGAAACAAGUGGUCUUUCAGCAUAUUCAUAAAAGAAGCAUGUAUUCCUGGAUGGGAUUGUAUGUUAUCAGUUACAGAGCCAUUUUUCUUGACGUUGCAUUUGAAUGUACACAUGAGAAUUUUACUGUCACUUUGCUUAUGUGCAGUGUUAUUAUGGACUAAAUGUCUAAUCCUGAAAUCUACAGUAACUGGUCUUGUUACCAGCAAAGUUUGUCAUGUGGGAAGCAUAUUUUAUAGCUGAAAGCAAGUAUAGUCCCAGCUCCCAGUCACGUGAAGUCGAUAUAGUAGUUUUCAUCAAUACUCUUGUUUGCUGUACUUUGGCUCUGAGCUUACUGUGAAUGUAGCUGUUGACGAACACCAAGAGAACACCAAGGUCCCUAACAUUUCACACAUAGACACAUACUUGGAGAUAGAAACUGUUAUACUAAUGCAGCAGUAUAGUUGCUGUUGGUUCUCCUUUUGAUCUCGCAUUAAAAACAUGUAGUCUUUGAGUA